GAUUAAUCCUUCACCGGUCACGUGAUUAACGCUUUCCCAGUCACGUGAUUGUGAAGGGUGACCGUUUACGCGUCUCGGCAGAAGGGUUUUGACGAAAAAGGAAUUAAAUAAAGUGAGACUGUGAAUGACACCUUUGUCAUGCCAGUGUGUGAGAUCUGCAGUGAAGAGCUGGCAUGUGACUCGGAGCUGAAGACUCACCUGCUCCUGACACACCUGGAGGAUGAGGUGUCCUGUCCGCUCUGCUCACUCUCUGGUGUCUCUUACGAUGAGCUGAACUUUCACAUCAAUACAGCACACGCUGAGAUGGACAGUGGACACACAGCUGCUACAGGUGAGCCAGGACAUCCAAAGCGUAAAUCUGAGACAGGAGCUGGCUUAUCUUCUGUGUCCCGGUCACCAGAAUCUCAGAAUGGAGUGAUGAAACUGAACCAUAGACAUGCAGGAGAAACCAGUGACCCUGGUAAAAAGCAUGAAAAGACUAGAGGAAGCAAUAUGAUGGAGCUUCUUGCUUCAAAACAGAGGCGACUAUCCUCCCCAAGCAAAGGCAGAACGUUCUCUUGUCCACUGUGUGAUCUGGUCUGCACUGACUGCUUUAUGAUGCAGGAACAUGUGGAGCUUCAUCUCCAGGACCAUGCUGUUUCUGAUGGAGCAGUGUAUGUGUGUCCUAUGUGUAAGGUGGCAUGUGAUGACAGCUGUUCUCUACAGGAACAUGUGGAGCUUCACCUGGACAAUAGCCCUGCCGGGGAUUUUUAUGGAGACCUGCGAUUUGCUCAGCAGCUACAGGAGGAAGAAGAGUGCAAGAGGAAGGAGGAAGAGGCUAAACGUGAGGCAGAGGAGUUCAGACAGCUACAGAUGCAGUUUGGGCUGGAUAAUGGCGGUGGAUAUCGUAAGCAAAUGGAAAGGAGCAUGGAGCAAGCUGUGUCCCGAGGUCACAUGACUCCAACUGAGUUUCACAUGAAGCGAUUAGAGAUGAUGGAGACCCUAGCUGCUGGACUGGACGAUGGCCAGACCAGAACCACAGGAUUGCUGUCAGCGCUGUAUAAAUUUUACCAGCGUGAGCGUCAGGAGGGGACUCGUGUGUGGCUGUGUUCAGAACUGGAACACUAUUCCUCUUCAGACGGAGACCGAGGCUGGGGCUGUGGCUAUAGAAACUUCCAGAUGCUUCUGUCCUCAUUACAGAGACUUGAACAGUACACCACACUACACACCCUGUCAGACUCGUGUCCCAGCAUCCCACAAGUGCAGGCUCUGAUCGAGGCAGCAUGGGUGGAGGGUAUCGAUCCCCAGGGUGCAUCUCAGUUCAACGGGAGGUUAAAGGGCACUCGAGCCUGGAUAGGGGCCACAGAAAUCUACACCAUACUUACCUCCCUCAAACUGAGGGCACGCGUCGUAGAUUUCCACCAGCCCACCGGUCCAGGUGACACACACCCACGACUGUUCCGGUGGGUGAAGAAUUAUUUUUCCCUCCCAUCCAGCACAGGUGCCAGAGUUCCACCUAGAGUAGUGAAGACAAACCUGCCACCGAUCUACCUCCAACACCAAGGUCACAGCCGCACCAUAGUCGGUGUGGAGGAGAGGAGAAACGGCAGUAUAUGUGUGCUAAUGUUCGAUCCAGGAUGCUCUCCAGCUGAAAUGAGGAAGCUUCUCAAUCCAAACACAAGCCCUUCCCACUUUAAUCGCCUGCGCAAAUUUCCCACCCACCUUAAAAAGCAGCAGUAUCAAGUGGUAGUGGUGGAAGGAGUGCUGUCUGAGGAUGAAAAACAGGAACGUGUCAUUACCUCAAGAAUAUUUCACGCUGAAAGAAUUCCCUGAUGUUUAUUUUACUGUUUUUUAAAUGAUAAUUUUUUUGAGCGAGUGAGUGAAUGUCAUGUCUUUACUCAGAUAAUAAACAAAUGUUUUAUUAUUAA